ACAAGGCUGCCGCGUGGAGUCAUUGACCGACAAAUGGACAUCGUGUCCAGCUCGGCGUCCGCGGGGACCCCCGGCGCCAUGUCCGACGACAUGGAGGGCCUGGGCGGCGGCGUCUUGCCCCACCUGAGUGCCAUCAAGACUGAGCAGGGGCUGCCAGUGAACGGCGCCGACGAGGCGGGCAACCCCAACGUGGCCAUGGGCAUCAAGUUCAUAUUGCCCAACCGCUUCGACAUGAACGUGUGCUCCCGAUUCGUCAAGUCGCUUAACGAGGAGGACAGCAAGAACAUCCAAGAUCAGGUCAACUCCGACCUCGAGGUCGCCUCCGUGCUCUUCAAAGCGGAGUGCAACAUCCAGGCGUCUCCGUCGGCGGGCGUCCAGGUGCGCCACGUCUACACGCCGUCCACUACCAAGCACUUCUCGCCCAUCAAGCAGUCCACCACCCUGACCAACAAGCACCGCGGCAACGAGGUCUCGUCCACGCCGCUCCUCGUGCACUCCUUGUCCAUCCAUCAGCUGGCGGCUCAAGGCGAGAUGGUCUUUCUGGCCAGCAGGAUUGAGCAAGAGCCGGUGAUCAACGCCCAAGACGAGGAGGGCUUCACUCCUCUCAUGUGGGCGGCGGCGCACGGCCAGAUCGCGGUGGUGGAGUUUCUGCUCCAGAAUGGUGCCGAUCCCAACGUGUUGGCCAAAGGACGAGAGAGCGCUCUGUCGCUGGCCUGCAGCAAAGGAUACACGGACAUCGUCAAGAUGCUCAUCGACUGCGGCGUCGACGUCAACGAGUACGACUGGAACGGAGGCGCGCCGCUGCUUUACGCCGUCCACGGCAACCACAUCCGCUGCGUGGAGCUGCUGCUGGAGAGCGGCGCCGAUCCCACCGUGGAGUCCGACUCGGGUUUCAACGCCAUGGACAUGGCCGUGGCCAUGGGACAUCGCAAUGUUCAGCAGGUGAUGGAGGCGCACCUGCUGCGACUGCUGAUGGCCGUACGAGAGUGACGUCGGACGACGACAUGGCCAAACGUUCUGUCGUGGACCCGGUUGACUCUUGUGCUGCUUUGGGUGUUCCCACACGUUAUUUAUUUGACACGUCUGUUUUGCUUUUACUUUUUUUUGGAGUUUGACAUUGCAAUAAGUUCACCUUGAAAUGGCAUUUUUCAUGUGAAAUACAGGCAAUUGAAAUGAGUUCAUGGAGAAAAAAACAAACCCCGUUGUUUUUUGUCAUAGUAACUGUGCACGUUUGCAGUCUGAAAGUAAGUGACGGAACGAUUCAAAUGCUGAAUGUUUUCGGUCUGUGAGACAACUUUGCCCUAAAAAAUGUGACUUUUUAUCCUCGGUAUACAGUGCAUCAUCUUUUAAUUACAAAAAAAAAAAAAUAACGUGACAAUGUAAUUCGAUUUUUGGUUUGCAAAUUGUAAAUCUCAAAAUAAAGCAAAAAUUCAAUGGCCAUUUAUCACGUAAGCUAGCAUGUGGUGUUGUGUUGAAUCAACUAGUUUUCAUUUUCAUGUGCUGCGGUUUACAAGGAAACAAACGCGUUUAUGGCGACACGGUUGUAAUUGUGACAUUUUCAUUAAAAAGAUCAAAAUGUCAACCAAAAUUUCCACUCCAUCUUUUUUAUUCUCAAGCUCAACUCCCGCUCCCCCCCCCAAACCGAGAUCAUACCAAUGACAAGCGGACUGAAGUCAAAAACAAUAUGUCACUAUCGGCCCACAUGAGUCACUUAAAAACAAAAGUUGCGCUUGUUGAUUGACAGUAGCUACACUUAAUUGCAGACAUGGCUUGCUUGCUUUUUUUUUUUUUUUUAACGAGGCCACAUAUGAACAUGAUUCAGUAACAGAG